CUUGUUUGAAAAAUGAUAUCAUAUCAUUCUAUCAUAACAACGAUUUUUCUUAAAUCGUGAUAACUCGGGUCUCUUACAAAAUUGAAAAUAUUCAUUAACCGGCAACCGCGUGUUUUUGUGGAGGUAACAACACAGACAAACAGAAGCAAUUGGAUUACCGAGUGGCGAGUACCGACUGAAAUACUGAAUACGACAUCUGAAAUGAGACAUACAUAUUGUUUAUCUCUUAAAUAAUUUAAAAAUAUUCAACGUAUAUUAAAAUAGUCGAUUAGAGAUAAGAGUAAAAACUAAACAGAAAAUAUUGUUUUAAUAAACAGUAAAAACUGCAAUUAGUUCUCAAGUUUACCUAAUACGAUGAAUUUAAAUCCUGUAUCAGAUUGUGAAAAACUCUUCAUAUUGGAAGCAGCAUCUCAAAAAAUUCGUCUUGAUGGCCGUAAAAGAGAUGAAUAUAGACCAUUAAAAAUUGAAUUUGGAUUGGACUGGGGUAAUUGUCUAGUAACACUUGGCUGUACACGUGUCUUUGCUCAAGUUAGCUGUGAAAUAUAUCAACCUAACAAUAGUCGUCCAAAUGAAGGUGUACUACAAAUAUCUGCUGAAUUAGCAGGAGAUGACAAGCUUAAUGAUCUAACAAAAAUUAAUCAAGUUUUAGAAAGAUUUUAUAAAGAUUCAAAAUGUAUAGAUCUUGAAGCAUUAUGUAUUAUUGCUGAGGAAAAAGUGUGGAAAAUCAAAGUAGAUUUAAGUGUUUUGAAUAUGGAUGGUAAUACUUUAGGAUGUUGUUCAAUUGCAACUUUAGCAGCAUUAAUGCAUUUUCGGCAUCCUGAUGUGAUGUCAACUGGAGAAAAAGUAAUUGUCUAUUCUAGUUCAGAGAGAGAUCCUAUACCAUUAUCACUUCAUCAUCAUCCAGUAAUUGUAAAUUUUGCAAUUUUUGAAAAAUACGAUUUUAUUAUUUUGGAUCCAUCUUUUCUGGAAGAUAAAGUCUGCGAUAACAAAUUGUCUAUUUGUUUUAACAACCAUAGAGAAAUGUGUGGUGUUGACAUUGAAGGAUGUGCUUCUUUAAGUCAGGAUCUUCUCAUGAACUGUUCCAAUCAGGCAGCUUCCAUGGCUAUUAAACUUGUAGAUAAAAUAAAAUCAGCUAUAAAAAUUGAUAUUGAAAAUCGUUCUAGUAAAUCAGUUAAAGGUCUAGAACCAGCCGUUUCUGAAGAUAAUGGUCUAAAAUUAUGUUUGUCUGAUAAAUUCAAUUUUAUCGGUCCAUCCAAUCGAGAAAAUAAAAUAGAAGAGACUGAUGAAAAAAUGGAUGCUGAUCAAGAAGUGGUUAAGAUAACUGAUGGAACUGCAUUCACAACUUCUCAUAAUAAUUUACAACAAAUAAAAGAUGUAAAACAAAAUAAACAAAAUGACGAUUUAAUUGUAAUUGAUCCUGAAAGUAGUGAAUCAUCAUCAAGUGAUGAGAGUGUUGAAGUUGUUAGUCAUUAUAAAUUAGAUGAUAUUAGACCUGUUAUUGGCAAGUAUGUUGUUUCUGAUGAUGAAAAUAGUGACACAGGUACCAUCAUUUUGGAUUAAACAAGGAAACAAAUAUUUAAUUAUGAGUAAAAAUUUCAUUUUGUAAUUAUAUUAUUAAACUGUAUUUUAUAUAUAUAUA